UUACGAGCAGCGGCACGCCGCUCAUGCCAGUGCGCUUGAACGUUUGCCAAAAGUUACUCGGGGGCUUCAUUUACAUCUUCCCGGUCAUAUUUUCCAUUUUCGUGCUGUUAUCUCACCGCAAGCCGCACCACGCUCUCUCUCGUAAAUCGAAAACUCGUGUGCAGGGUGUGAGGAAGCAUCCGCCGAGCGGGACCUCGAGAGACGCGGCGGAGGGAGGCGCGCCGCCGCAGCCGGAAGUGGUCCCCGAAAACCGUGGUGAUCGCUAUGUAACCAAGAACGUCAAGCAACCAGCAGCCGCUCCCCGCGUCGCCGCUCGCCACGACGCGUCGCUGCGGAACAUCGACGAGUCGGGAUCGGCUCGUCGGCGCGAGGUACACGAGAAUAAUGGGACGUUCUUCCGGAAAUUAAGUGCCACGCCGAUCCACCCGACCGAUUUAGAUUCACUUGGAGAAAAUCGAUCUGGCUCGGAAAUCUCGCAGAAUAAGAGAUUCUCGAGUGAGGUUUACGAAGAGCCAAGGCCAUCGGGAGUGAUAGACCGUGAACUGGAGAAACCAAUAGGCACUGACGUGAUAGUAUCUAACACCGACGUCUCGGACAAUAGCGUGACUGUGUCAGUGAUUUGCCCUGAAAGGACCCCCGAGCUUUUCAGCAAGAAUCAGCCGAAAAGAAAACGCGAGGGCGACGCGCCUCUAGAUAGAUUCUCUCUUCAAAGCGGCGUUUCCGCCGUCGCAGGUGAAAGAAUUUAAUAAUUUUAUUUUACUCGUCGUUCAAUUUUCUCGAUUGGCUGUGCAUUAAGCCAAUGUAAUAACGUGAACAACUCCGUAACUGUUAUUUUCUUAUUCCAUUUUUAUUUUUACUAUUAAUCAUCUAUGACACGCGAAAUUCUUUAUUCAAUCAUACAGCGAAGGAAAUUAGCGCGCUUAGUAGAAGAAUAAUCAAAUACAAGUUUUUUCUAGCUUGAUAUUACAACACGCAAAAAAAUGUACGCAGGAAGAAAAGCGUAACGCGAUAAACUUCUAGCGAUUAAUCUUUUUACAUAUGAAAGUUAGUGUGCUAAUCGAAUUUCCUACGCCGCGUUCGUUCGGUGAAAUUCAAAAGAUCAUUUUAUCGGGAAGAAAGAUGUCAACGUUAUUUCUUGCUUCAAUAAAUACGACCCCGCGAUACUCCGAAUAAAAAGAACGCAAGAAGUAGAGUCGAAAUUGGAGACAAAUGGCUGGCGCGUCGCCGGGCGACAAAAAAUUUCAUCUCUCCGUUUAACCACCAGCUGCACCG